AUGUCGUUCGGAUCUAGCGAGUCCACUCCGGCAGGCCAUUCGCACGAAGUUAGAUGGUCUCUGAGCACGUACGGAUCUCCAAAGCUGACGCUGCUCGACUCGGAUCCUGGUGCGACGCAUUCCAUCGUUCUCAUACCGGGCUUGACCGAUACAAUCGGAAGUCUACCGUACACAGAAGGGCUAGUCGAAGCGCUGAGCAAGCUGGGAAUAUCCGUCGUGCUACCUCAACUGUCUAGCAACCUUGGAGGAUUCAAUUACGGAAGUCUGGAAGCUGAUGCGAGGGAGAUUGCGGCAGUUGUUGAUCAGCUUAGAGCAGCAAGUAAGAAAAAGGCAAUCUUUUUGUUGGGACACAGCACGGGCUGUCAGGAUGUCAUUACAUACCUCCUUGGGAACCGGGGAGCGGAUGUCAAGGUGCAAGGAGCGAUCAUCCAAGCUCCCUGUUCCGACAGGCUGUACUUCGACAAGACGGCAGGUGCCGAGGAAGUGGAGAAUCUCAAAGAAGCUACAAGUCUUGUACAAGCGGGCAAAGGCAGCACACUAUUGUCUUACAAAGCCCCUUUGGCGCCCAGACCUGCUAGAGCGGUGAACAGACACUCGGGCGAACCUCGAGGCACCAAUGAGUCGGCUAUCCUGGAACCUCCUCAGACCGCCUACCGGUACUGGUCACUCAACGGCAAAGGAGGAGACGAUGACUUGUUCAGUGGAGACUUUGAGGAGAAGGACGUGAUAGACAUCUUCAGGAACGCUUUGGAUGGGCUUGCCAAAGAUUGGGCUUCUCCCGAAGGCAUCAUCGCUCCCGGUGACCCUGAAUUGCUGGCUUUGUGCGGCUCUGAAGACGAGUACAUGCUCGACCCCUACCCAGCAUCGGUAAUCGUAGACAAAUGGAACCGCAUCGUCAAGGACACCCGCUUCAAGGCAAAGGUCUUGCAAGGGGCAAAUCACAAAGUGGACGCUGCACCCGCUCAAGCUGAGCUGAUCAAAGAAGUGGCGGGCCUAUGCGCCCGAGUAUUGGAUUCGGAGCAGCCAGCACUCGCCGCGGCGACGAGCGCCAUUUCAAACUUGACGCUAGGCAGCGCGGACCUGGCCAGGGAACAGCAAGCACCUCAGCAUCCUGCCAGCUUUGACGCGAUUGUGGAACUCAUAAGCACAGGCCAAGCUGACAAAAUUCCAGGCAUCAAAGACAUACCUCUCCAAAUCAACCGGGCCACACCUUCUGAAUCCCACCUCAAACAGCCUCCAAAGCCCUGGGAGCAUCCGGGCGGGGUUUCAGACAGUCAGUGA